AUGUCAUCUGAUGUUACAAGUUCCUCAACCAGUGUCAUGUCUAAUCUUCCAACAGUUGAACAUGUGAAGGCAUGGAGUCGAGAUGAAGUUAAAACGUUUUUGCAAAAGAACAAAGCUAGAUUAGACCUUGAAUACAGAGAUAUCGAAAUAUUAUAUAAUCAGAGGGUUAAGGGUAGCAACUUCUUUGAUUUUACUGCAAUGGAUUUUGAGAGAUGGGGAAUACCAGGUGGACCAGCUAAAGAAAUUGAUAAGUUGAUCAAAGAAAUUAAAGGAGAGCUACCCGUUGCAACCACUUCCCAUCAACCCACUUCCAUGGGAACUCUCACAAAUCUCUUUGGGCAAAUG